AUGUCCAACCCAAGUGCUUCCGGAAAGAACUCCACAAUCCAAGUCCCAGAGAAGUCCCAGACAAUUGCGUUUCAAGUUGAGUCCAGAUCAGCUCCAGUACCUUGGUCCACUGGCCUCUGCGACUGCUGUGAAGACGUCCCAAAUUGUUGCAUAACAUGGUUGUGCCCGUGUAUUACUUUUGGGCGAAUUGCAGAGAUCGUAGAUGGAGGAUCCUCGUCUUGUGCUGCUAGCGGAGCGGUGUACACAUUAAUUUCAAUUUUGACUGGUUGUGGAUGUUUGUACUCGUGCUUCUAUCGCUCCAAACUGAGGCAGCAGUACAGGUUGGGGGAGAAACCUUGUGGGGAUUGCCUGGUUCAUUGGUGCUGUGAGCCAUGUGCCUUGUGCCAAGAGUAUCGUGAACUCAAAAGCCGCGGAUUCGACAUGACCAUUGGCUGGCAAGGAAAUGUGAAACAACAGACUCCUGGAGUGAUGGCUGUAACAGCUCCAAUGGCUGAAGGAGGCAUGAGCCUCUAG